AUGGACAACACAAGAGCCACCAUGAUUCAACUCACUAUGCUGGUUUUGCUCCUGGGAGACUCCCUAUUGAUCCCUAUUGCGGCUGUGGAUCUCCAUCACCUGAAGAAAGGAGGGUGUCCGCCUGUUACAAAGUUCCCCUCAUCAGUAAAAAUUAAUCUGAACAUUAAUGGAAAGAAUGCUCCCACCAUGAGUGGCGAUUUGAGGAAACGCUCCAUCUCUCCUUGGGAAUACAGCUAUGAUGUAAACAACAAUCGAUUUCCCUCUACAAUUGCUGAGGCCAAGUGUCUCCAUACUGGAUGUUUGGAUGAAGAGGGUAGUGUGGACAUCAACUUGAACUCGGUUCCCAUCAGACAGGAGAUCCUGGUCCUCCAUCGGGAGAUGAAAGGCUGUGUCUCCACCUUCAAGCUGGAGAAGAAGAUGGUCACUGUUGGCUGCACCUGUGUCCGGCCCAUGGUCCAGGAACAAUAA